UAGACCAUCAUCCUCCCAGCUUCACCUGCACUCUUGUCCUCCAUCUAAGGACCAGAAAGCCAUGAAGGUCUUCAUUCUUGCCUGCCUUGUGGCACUUGCUUUUGCAAGUGAGGAAUCACUCAGCAUAUCCUCUGAGGAAUCUACUGAAAAUAUCAGUGAGAAACUUCAGAUGGUAGAACAAAUGGAACAGCUGCAAGCAAAGGGUGUGCUCCAGAAUAAAGUUCACUCCUUCAUCCAGUCGCAGCCUCAGGGCUUUCCUUACCAACAGCCCAUCUCUUGCACUCCCCUUGCACAAAAUGCCCAGUCUAUUGCUCAAGCCUCUGUGGUGCCUUCUCUUGGGCCUGUCAUUUCUCCUGAAGUGGAAGCCUUCCUCAAAACUAAAGUUGCCAUCCUUCCCAAGCACAAAGCCAUACCCUCUCUUAACUCUGAAACUCUGCUCUCUCUCUUUAACCCUCAAGUCCUCAGUUCUGCUACUCUUGCAAAUCAGCACAUCCCUCAGUCUCAGGUCCAGCUCCUGGCACAAGUCCUGCAGGCUUUCCCCCAGACUUCUGUGGCUUCUUCUCACACCCAGCUGUCUCUUCCUCAGUCCAAAGUUCUGUACCUUCUCCAGCAAGUAGCACCCUUCCUUCAAAGAGAUAUGUCUUCCCAAACUCUCCUGCAGUUCCUAGACCUUCUGCUUAACCCCACUCUCCAGGUUUCUACCAAUGAACAACCUCAUCCCAUCACUGUCUAAGAGGAUUUCCAGGUUAAUUAAUAGUCCUUCCUCAUUUUUGAAUUGACUGAGACUGGAAAUGCAAGAACAUUUUCAUGUUUGGAUCAUGCUACAAAAUAAUGAUAUAUUUUUGAAUGAAUCUACAUGGACAAAAGAAAUUUUAUUCUUUUAUUUAUUCUAUGUAUUAUAUGGUAUUCAUUCCAUUUGAAUUUGACUCAUGAACUCUUUAAGCUUUCCAAUUGUAUUUCAAAUAUUAUAAAAGCUCCAUAUUGAGUUGAAAAUGCAUGUCAAUAAUGUAUUCAAAAUAGUUUGUAGAAUUGGACCUACUAUUAAUUCUUUGAGAACCUAUUUCCUUUCCAGUCUUUUCAAUAAAUAAUCUUU